AUGGUUGAUAAUGAGAUGCUUCCAUUAUUAGCCAACGAAAGUUGUGUAGAAGACAUUGUGCCAUUCAUUGAUGACAUAAAUGAGUGUGAACAAAGAGUAGCCAUGGUACAAGAGAGAGCUUUGCCAUCCGGGAAAGAGUACCAUUUAUUUAUAUCCUUCUCAAAUGAGGAUAAACCUUACGCACUGAGCCUCAAAAACGCUUUGGAAGGACGUGGUUUGAAAUGUAUGGUGGCUGACCAGGGUUUUAUUGCCGGAGUGCCUAUUAUGCGGAAUAUCGAAGUGUUCAUAGAGAAAAGCCACAAACUACUUCUCUUGGUAUCACAGCACUUUUUACAAAGUUCCUAUUGUGAUUGGGAAGUAGAAAUCGCACACUUAUACGCCGCCGACAAUCGUCGAAAAGAUUUCAUGAUAGUAGUGCGAUUGGACGAGUCUAAAAUGCCACGGAAACUGGGAUACAUGACCUAUAUCAAUGGUGUUGAUAUGGACAUAGAUGAAGUUGGACGUAAAGUGGACGAGGCAUUCAAUAAUCAUGUUACGAAUAUCCGCCAAAUUGGACGAAACGGUCAGGAGAUACUACGGAAGAAACCAUAUGAAGCAUCACAAAAACUUUGCUGUAGUUCAAGCUCUCAGUUUGACGAUUUAUUUGAAUCAGAAAGGGAUUUAAUAGAGCCAUCGUCUAUUCGGAAAUCCGCUGAACUCUACCGGUCACUGAUAUUAUGUGCCAACGACCAUACCCUCUUCAAACGCUAUGGUCUGUUUACUUUCGGUCGAAAAGCACUUUGUUUUCACUUUCUUCUUUUGAGCGGCAUUAUUGCAUUAUUUUCAUCAUUUUACCUGCUGGGAACAACACUGGCUGGAACAGCCUUCACACUAAAUAUGUUGGCUCUUUCUUCCUUUGGGUUUGCAGUUCUGACUAUAAGUCUCCAUGGACUUACUGUUUUUAUCCUUUUCCGACAGAGGAUCCAAAGCAUAGACACUUCCACAAAGGAAAAGUUACAAUGUCACAUAAUGACGUCAUCAGUUCCACGAUCCACCAAUAGCAGUGAAACUACAUCCACAAAGAAUAAUGCAGCUCCCAACAGUGGGGUUCAUGAGCAUAACCACCAAAGUAGUGAUGAGAGGGGAAUUUACGAACGGUCGGGUAUGUGCUAA